CUGCCCACUCCCUAGACACUCGGGUCCCAGAAGCAGUAGGUCAGAAGCCUGUGGGGACGCGAGGAGGGCCACUCUGGAGCAGCGCACCUGUUCAGAUGGAAGCCUCCAAUGGGCAGGGAGGUGAAGGGGACAAGCCAGUGGAGAAGGGGACAGAUGCACCUUGCCUAGAGAGGAGCUCCAGGACCACCCCGGCCAGACACUUACUUGUGUGCCACGCCAAGGGCCUGGGCCAGGACACCUUCAAAAUUUGUAAGGAAUACCUAAGGCCACUGAAGAAGUUCCUGCGAAAGUUGCACCUGCCCAGGGACCUGCCGCAGAAGAAGAAGCUAAAGUACAUGAAGCAGAGCCUGGUGGUCCUAGGGGACCACAUCAACACCUUUCUGCAGCACUACUGCCGAGCCUGGGAAACCAAGCACUGGCGCAAGAUGCUCUGGCGAUUUGUCUCCCUCUUCUCAGAACUGGAGGCAAAGCAGCUUCGAAGGCUCUACAAGUACACCAAGAGCAACCAGACGGCCAAGUUCCUGGUGGCAUUUUGCCCCUUGGACACCCCGGAGAGCUCCCUGGUGGCCGGCCAGGAGGACAGCCUGCCCAAGCUCUGCACUGCCUGGGGGCUGCACAGACACCUCAGCGGCAUGAAGGAGAGGCUGUUCAAGAUGCAGGCCCUGGGCCCUGAGGCCUCCCUGCUGGGAGAGCUGAGAGCUGGGGGCCACUUCGGGACAGGUUUGUUAAGAAAACAUCCUCAAAACCCAAAACUCAAGAGAAAGAGGAUUAAGGAAGCCCCAGAAAGCCCAGAGACCUGCCCAUAAGAAGACCCAGCUGGGCCAGGGGCCAGCUCGCCCUGGAUCCCAGAGCACUUCCACCUGGGGCGGGGGGCAGUGCGGGGAAGGAGAAACUGUCUUUAUCCAAAGGAUGCUGAGGACUUAAUUAUGUCUAAAUGGGGCGAGGAAAUAAACAUCCUUAAGACAGGUCUAUUUGGCUAAUAAUUAUUCAUUAUCACUAUUAUUUUCUUUUUUAGAGCCUGUUUUGGGGCAUCGUCCGGCUUCCUGGCGCCCUGGUUUAUCCUUAAGGGUCCCAACCGGGGAGUUAUCAUCACCACGUUGGUGACCUGAUCAGUCUGCUAUCUCCUUCAGCCGAUUGCAGUUCUGGUCCAACUCGACCCGCUCUUUUGUUUUUGUUUUCUUUUUAGGGCCGCACCUGCGGCAUAUGGAGGUUCCCAGGCCAGGGGUUGAA